AUGCCGCGAGCCGGGCCCAUACUACUCGUAUUACUGUUCGUUACGGCAAGCGCCCGCUUCUGCCCGGAUGGCUCGCUUGAAUAUAGCCAAGGCAAUGAGUGUAUUUAUGCGGUAGAUGCGGAUACCACCUACGACGUCGCUCAAAAAACUUGUCGAGAAUUCGGAGGACGCCUGGUUCAGCCAAAAUCGGAUACGGAGAACGCGUUUGUCAGCUCGCAGAAGACGCAAGUCCUAAAAAACCGGGAAGUUUACAUCGGAGUGCGACGUCAAGACGGAGUAUGGAAAUACGGCGACGGUGCACCUACAUCUGUUGGUUACGAUUGUGGGAUCAUGCAAGGGACCAACAGCUACUGGACCUCUUCCCCUUGCAGCACCAAACGCCCGUUCAUCUGCACUUUCAGUGAUCACCCUUGUCCGGAUGGCUGGGCGUACAACGAGCAGACUAACUACUGCUACUACACGCCGAUGGGGCUGAACUGGCCGGGAAUCUAUCGCAACAAUGUGUCGUUUGACCUUGGCGAGCAGUACUGCGACACACAGUACGGUGCCCAUCUCGUGUCCAUCCACAGCGCCGCCGAGGACCAAUUUGUCAAGGAUCUGGUCGAUAAGUCUGUCGCUGACUACAGCCCAGGCACCUGCUCCGGCUAUUACUGGUUGAUCGGUCUGAAGGACGGAAACUGGACCGAUGGCACCCCACUCGACUACAAUAAUCGCGAUGACGGUUCCCCCGUUUUUGGGAUUCGCGACUCCAACUGCAAUUAUCCAAAAUGGUACGGGCUCCAGAUAUCGCAUGUGUUCCGCACGUACAUUUGCAAGAAAGCCGUGAACGUCGUCAGUGUUGAUCUUCUGACGAAGCUGGACGCUGUCCACGAAGCAGCGAAGCUCAGUCGACUUACCAAUAAGCCCUUUGCCCUGCCGGAGUUUAUCGCGAAGCCU